AUGGCGGGAAUGGGCAUGUGGAAGUACAAGGGGGACGUGGAUGUUAUGUGGGAUAGGGCAGCCAUUUGUAUCACGAAGAUUGCUAGAGAAAUGUUAGGUGUUUUAAAUGGUCGGGCAGGACGUCAUAACGGAGACUGGUGGUGGAAUGAAGAAUUGAAUAAGAAAGUAGAGUUUAAGAAGAGGGCGUAUGUUAAGUUGAUUGAGAGUAAAGAUAAAAAAGAGAAACGGGUAAAUAGGGAGGUUUACAAAGUAGCAAGGAAGAAGGCUAAGUUAGCAGUUACGGCUGCUAAGUCAGCAGCGUUUAAGAUCUUGUAUGUGGGGUUAGAGGAGAAAGCUGGGGAAAAAAGGUUGUAUAGGCUUACUAAGGCUAGGGAGCGAAAGGAUUGUGACCUCGAUCAAGGGGACAGAGGCAUUGAGUUAGGAAAGCUGGAGCACUUAGAGAAGAGCUGUGAUUUCAGUUACUGUAGGCAUUUUAAGGUUGAGAAGGUUAGGGAGGCAAUUUGUAGGAUGCAGAGAGGUAGGGCAACGGGGCCUGUUGAGAUUUCGAUGGAUUUUUGGAAGUAUAAUGGUAAGGCAGGUUUAAGGCGGUUGACUGAUCUAUUUAACGUCAUUUUCAUGACUGCAAGAAUACCUGAGGCUUAG